AUGGAUAAACCACGUACCCGCAAUCGCAGGCCGGUGACCUGUGGCACCGCCAAAGGCCAACCCCGUUCGAAUACCAACGCGACUACACACCUAUCCCCAACCAGGGUUACCUCCAAAACGAAGUCCGUACCGGUCUCAUCACGUCUCGCGCGAUCACCGAACAAAAUUUCGCAGAGCAAUAAGAAGGAGGACCAGCCAUCCGGAUCUUCCGGCGCGACCCCAGCACCCGCUCUUGCGCAAUCGCAAUCCACCACAGAAUCCAAUGUAUAUGAUCUUCCAUCUUCAGGUGAUGAGCAGACCAUAAUCAGGCGAAAGCGAAGACGCCCUAGUCACGACAACAGCAAGCACAGCCCUGCGACCAAGCGAGCCGUGAGGCCUAGGCCGCCACCUAGCUCGAAAUCGCGCACGGUAGAUGACAAGGAUACCGUCGCGCCAAUAAAAUUAGAGAAACCUGUGCCUAUCCGCGAAGUCCCAUCGGUGGUUUUAGAGAAGGAUCAGCAAAAAGUCAACACCGGGGAAUCGUCGAUCUUUAGAGCUGGGAGGCCAGCGCGAAGCAAGACAGAGAGGCCUGCACCUGAGCAGGUGCCAAGAGCGUCGGCCGAGGAGAGGCCCGAAGCCUUUGAUUCCGAGCCGCAAGGUUCACCGAGUACCAAGUGGCAUCAUGCAGUCACGGAGAAUACCACACCUGGCAGAAAGAGACUGAUUGACUCACUAGGGGCUGUAACACCAGCUCCCGACCUUUCUCCCAAAACCCCGGCUGCGAGUCAGGAGCCGCCAGCUUCGACCCCACGCAGUCCAGUUUCGCCUAAUGUACCUCUAGACGAAGGUCAUCUCGAACACCAUGUUCAAGCUUCUCCCACCGCGGGACCAUCUCAUCUCCGGAGCUCUGGGGUCACUUACGCGCGUCAGCGCUCUUUCCUGGAUGACAUGCUCCUGGAAGACGAGCUUACAGCAUCGAAUAUGCCGGGCCUCAAUCAUCGUUCUCAGUCCAUUCAACGUCAGUUGGCCAAAGAGGCUACCUCCAGUGCCCAGUUGAUUGGAGAAAUGGAAGAAACAAAUGAUGACGGAUCGGUGCGAAGUAUCCAUGAACUUCGACAGGCUGGCGGGAAUGCUCGUUAUCGCGGCGCUGUUGAGUCUAUUUUCGAAGAUAUUGAGGACGCGCAAAACUCAACUGCGGGUCACUGCAAUGCUUUGCUUCAAUUGUGCGGGAAAUUGAUGGAUACUGGACUCAGACGCCGAUUUGUUGAAUGUAACUUCGACAAAAGACUGGUUGAUUGUCUCUCCAUGGAUCUUGAAGUGGUUCCUGCGGCUUUGACAUUUUGUGCCUACGCACUGGCAUCGUCUGACGGACAUACGUCUUUUGUUCAUGCAGCUACAGCAUGGCCCAAGCUUUUGGAAUUGUCGCCUAAGUUGCUGACAACCCAAGAUGACCUUACAGAGGUUGCUAAGAGCAAGACCAACGGCCUUGCACGCCAUUCGCAAAAGACACUACAGAACCUAGUGCCACGAAUUUCUGACAUGUUAUUUCCAGCUAAUUCUGCGGUGAGGAUUUCACCUUGCACUCUGGCAUUGUAUUGCCUGAGAAUAACUCUCUCCACAAUGCGAACCAAAGGCGAGAGUCCCAGCAAGAUCUCAAGUUCUCUGUUUGAGAUUUUGAUGCAAUUACUUGUAUCUGAAAGCCAUCAAUGCGUCUCACAAAAAUCAAUGCCAGCCGAAAGCUCUCAGAUCCUGUGCAUGGUAUUUUCGGUCCUAGAGGCAUUUACUUCCUCGCCUGAGUCUGCCAAUGAUGACUAUCGUGGCAUAAUGGAACCACUUUCGACACUUCACGGUCUGUUCUAUCUAAAGAGUGAUUACCUGGACGCUAUCAGCCAACAAAUCCAACCUCUGUUCAUCCGGGUGAUACUGAAUGUUACCAACAGCAACCCGGCAAUUUGUGAUGAGUUUGCAAAACAAGAGAUAAUCGGGGGCCUGGUUCAUAUGGUCACUGCAAACUUUGGUGAUCUGACGGAGGACAUGCUCGGCCAAGAGAACAAUACACUAGAUGGUGUGAUUUUGGCACUUGGCGCUCUGAUCAACAUGACCGAAAAGAGCGCAAUGUCGAGAUCAACCUUUCUUCACUCCAUUGGCUCCGGUCAGCCUUUCCUUGAACGCCUAACGCACUUGUUCACAACAUUUGCCGACUCUAUCUCAACGGCACAUUCUGUCGUAGACGUACACCACAAUGUUGCCGUGGGCUAUUUGGCUGUUCUUCUACUAACACUCUCCCUGGACAACGAGACUCGAUCGCGAAUAAAGAAAUUAUUAGCUCCCAAUGGGUUGACACUUGUUGUAUCGACCGUUGAGGAGUUCCUGCAAUACCACCGAAAGAUUGAGCAGGAAGUCUCUGCAUUGCCAGCCCAGGGGCAACCAGCCAGUGGUUUCAUGGCGAGAUUACAAGAGCUCAUCGCCCAGGUACGACUUGCAGAAUCUUGA